UUGGCGACAAACGAUCGUCUCAAUGAACAAUUUAAAAUCAACGAUGGUGAAUCGAGGAAAAUUGCAUCAAUUGGCCAACGAUUAUUUUCAAUCGAAAAGGAUCGUCUACCGAAUGAUUGGUACUUAAAGAAAUUCCCGUCUCAAAAUUUGAGAAAAAGAAAUGUGUACAAAAACGGAAAGAAGACUAUAAGGAAUGCAUUAAAACUGAUUCGCGAUGGAGUUAAAUUGGGAAUGCUAAUGACAAAUCAAAAUAUUUCUGAUUUCGACAAUAAAACUAUCAAAAUGUUUUCUCCUCGAUUGUUUUCACUUGUGCCUGAAGGCAAUUCAGGAAACCUGGUAUAUAAAUUCGAAUAUAUUUUUUCAAAAAAUAGAUUAUUACCAACUCGAUCACUUUUGAUUCGUGGAGUAAAUAUUCUAUCGCCAUCCAUACUUAGCCUUCAUGAUGAAGGAAGAGAAACUGAAAAAUUGCUAAGUAUAUCAAAUCUAAUGCAAUCAUUUUUGCCAGGAGACCGCAGUGAUCUCAUGGAUCUCAUUACAGAUAUUUCUGGAAUAUCAGAUGCUGUUGAAAAAGCUCGAAAUUCCAUUAACGAAAAUUUUGUGGAAGAAAAAGGAAUUGAUGGCCAACCGCUAUAUUUUACGAAGGAGAAUAUUACGGAAAUUUACGGUGAUAUAGAAAAACAAAAAGUUGAUACCAUGGAAGAUUUAUACAAAUCCUUGACGAUUGACCAGCUUGCUGAAAUUAAUAGCACAGGAUUCGCAUCAUUAACCAGUGAACAGCUUCGUCAUCUUUAUGGUUCAUUGUCACCAUAUCAUGAUUCCAACGCACUUGAACGACUCACUAAAAUAGCAAAAAGAGAAGGAUUCAUGAAAUAUUUAGAUGAAGAUAUAUUAAAGCUUUCUAAGGCUUCUGCAUUUACACUGGGUUCUCAGAAGCUAAAUGGCUCUCGAAGUAAAAGAGCAGUAGUUAAUUCUCCCUUCGCUUUUAGCCCAUUCAUAUCUAAAGGCGGUACGAUUUCAACACCAAUAGUCCUUUCACCAAUUAUUUUUUCACCCAUCAUCUUAUCACCUGCUAUUUUCGGUCCAUUUAUAUUAAGUCCUUGGGCUUUUAAUCCUGUUAUUCUGUCUCCUCGUGUUAUGGCCCCAUUUAUACUUAACCCACUUAUCUUUACUCCAAUAGUGCUCUCACCUUUAGCACUUCAACCAUUUAUUUUAUCACCAGGUAUUUUUAAUCCUUUUGUUCUAAGCCCACUUACUCUAUCGCCUUUUAUCCUUUCACCACAAGUUUUUACACCUAUUAUUUUAUCGCCAAUGGUUUUAAAUCCGCUUAUAUUGAAUCCAAUGGCCGCUUCACCACUUAUUUUGAGUCCAUUUGCUGUAUCACCUUUCAUAUUGUCACAUCAGUUUUUAACAGCUAUUGUUCUAAGUCCCUAUUUUUUAUCACCUUUAAUUUUAACUAACUUGACUGCCGUUGAAGUUAUAUUAUCUCCAAGUGCUUUAAGCUAA